UCUGCGCCGUAUUUGAGGGGGCGCAAGAUGGCGGCGGGCGACGCUGUGGGGAGGUACCGCGGCACCGUGGGCAGGAGCAAGGACCCUUCGGGGCUGCUCAUCUCGGUUAUCAGGACUUUAUCCACCAGCGAUGACGUGGAGGACAGGGAGAACGAGAAGGGCCGGCUGGAGGAGGCGUACGAGAAGUGUGACCGGGACCUGGACGAGCUGAUCGUGCAGCACUACACGGAGCUGACCACGGCCAUCCGCACCUACCAGAGCAUCACCGAGCGCAUCACCAACUCCCGCAACAAGAUCAAGCAGGUGAAGGAGAACCUGCUGUCCUGCAAGAUGCUGCUGCACUGCAAGCGGGACGAGCUGCGCAAACUGUGGAUCGAGGGCAUCGAGCACAAGCACGUCCUGAACCUGCUGGACGAGAUCGAGAACAUCAAGCAGGUCCCUCAGAAGCUGGAGCAGUGCAUGGCCAGCAAGCGCUACCUCAAUGCCACGGACAUGCUGGUGUCAGCAGUGGAUUCCUUGGAGGGUCCCCUCCUGCAGGUGGAGGGGCUGAGUGACCUGAGGCUGGAGCUGCACAGCAAGAAGAUGAACCUGCACCUGGUGCUGAUCGACGAAUUGCACCGGCACCUCUACAUCAAAUCCACCAACCGCGUGGGGCAGCGCAGCAAGGACAGAGCCAGGCUCGGGUCCCUUGUGAAAGAUGCCUCUCCUGUGCCUCUGAUGGAUGUCACUAAUUUAUCUACACCUCGGAAAUUCCUUGAGACUUCCCAGUUCAGCACUCCUGGAAGCUCCAGCAUGCGAGACUCAAGCCUUCUGGAAAUCAAAGAAGACACGGACCUGGAUCCAGAGGAGAACAGCACUGUCUUCAUGGGAAUACUCAUCAAAGGGCUGGCCAAGCUGAAGAAAAUCCCAGAAACGGUGAAAGCCAUCCAGGAUCGCUUGGAACAGGAGCUCAAGCAGAUUGUGAAGCGCUCCACCACUCAGGUGGCUGACAAUGGUUACCAGAGAGGGGAGAAUAUUUCCCAGGAAAAUCAGCCUAGGUUGCUGCUGGAGCUGCUGGAGCUGCUCUUUGACAAGUUCAACGCCGUGGCCGCCGCGCACUCGGUGGUGCUGGGCCACCUGCAGCAGACAGUGGCCUCCCCCUGCAGCCAGUACGAUGGGGAGAUCAAGCUCUACGACAUGGUGGAUGUGUGGGUGAAGAUCCAGGAUGUCCUGCAGAUGCUGCUGACCGAGUACCUGGACAUGAAGAACACACGCACGGCCUCGGAGCCCUCGGCCCAGCUCAGCUACGCCAGCUCCGGCCGCGAAUUCGCCGCCUUCUUUGCCAAGAAGAAACCCCAGAGACCCAAAAACCCUCUCUUUAAGUUUGAAUCCUCAUCCCAUGCCAUCAGCAUGAGCGCCUACCUGCGGGAGCAGAGGAGGGAGCUGUACAGCAGGAGUGGGGAGCUGCAAGGAGGACCAGAUGAUAACUUAAUUGAAGGUGGCGGAUCCAAGUUUGUCUGCAAACCAGGAGCCCGGAACAUCACCAUCAUCUUUCACCCCCUCCUCAGGUUUAUCCAAGAGAUCGAGUACGCCAUGGAGCUGGGCCCAGCCAAGCAGUGCCCGCUCCGCGAGUUCCUCACCAUGUACAUCAAGAACAUCUUCCUCAACCAGGUCCUGGCCGAGAUCAACAAAGAGAUCGAAGGCGUCACCAAAGCGUCGGAUCCACUGAAAAUCUUGGCCAACGCCGACACCAUGAAGAUCCUGGGAGUGCAGAGGCCUCUGCUGCAGAGCACGGUGAUCGUGGAGAAGACGGUCCAGGACCUGAUGAACCUCAUGCACGACCUGAGCGCCUACUCGGACCAGUUCCUCAACAUGGUGUGCGUGAAGCUCCAGGAGUACAAGGACACCUGCACCCUGGCCUACAGGACCAUCGUGCAGUCGGAUGAGAAGUUGGUGAUCAGCGCAUCCUGGGCCAAGGACGACGAUAUCAGCAGGCUCCUGAAAUCCCUGCCCAACUGGAGCAACAUGGCCCAGCCCAAGCAGCUGAGGCCCAAGAGAGAGGAGGAGGAGGAUUUUAUAAGGGCUGCUUUUGGCAAAGAGUCCGAAGUUCUGAUUGGGAAUUUGGGAGACAAACUGAUCCCUCAGCAGGAGAUCCUGCGGGACGUCAGCGACCUCAAGGCCUUGGCCAACCUGCACGAGAGCCUGGAGUGGCUGGCAGGACGCACCAAGGCAGCUUUCUCCAGCCUCUCAGCGUCCCAGACCAUGUCCCCAGGCCAGGACAGCCAUGCCAGCCUGGAACACCUUCCUGCAUCCGAGCAGAUCCUGCAGAGCCUGAGUGAGCUGGCCAGGUCCUUCCAGGAGAUGGCCGAUCGCUGCCUGCUGGUGCUGCACUUGGAAGUCAGGGUUCACUGUUUCCACUACCUGAUCCCUCUGGCCAAACAAGGGAAUUACGCCAUCGUGGCCAACGUAGAGAGCAUGGACUACGACCCCCUGGUGGUGCGGCUCAACAAGGACAUCAGCGCCAUCGAGGAGGCCAUGAGUGCCAGCCUGCAGCAGCACAAGUUCCAGUACAUCUUCGAAGGUUUGGGCCACCUCAUCUCCUGCAUCCUCAUCAACGGCGCCCACUACUUCAAGCGCAUCAGCGAGUCCGGCAUCAAGAAGAUGUGCAGGAACAUCUUCAUCCUGCAGCAGAACCUGACCAACAUCACCAUGUCCCGUGAGGCUGACCUGGACUUCGCCAGGCAGUACUACGAGAUGCUCUACAACACAGCAGAUGAGCUGCUGAACCUGGUGGUGGACCAGGGCGUGAAGUACACGGAGCUGGAAUACAUCUACGCCCUGAACCUGCUGCACCGCAGCCAGACGGGCGUGGGGGACCAAACCACGCAGAACAUGAGGCUGCAGCGGCUCAAGGAGAUCAUCUGUGAGCAGGCUGCCAUCAAACAGGCCACCAAGGACAAGAAGAUCACCACUGUGUGACCUCCUCUGCCACCCAGCUCACGUGGGGCUGGCGGGUGGCACCUCCAAGUGUUUUUGUUUGGGUUUUCGUGUUGUUUGGUUUUGUUUCGUUUUGUUUUGUUUGGGGGUUUUUUGUUUAUUUGUUUU